AUGUCGGGCCAAACGCUCACGGAUCGGAUCGCCGCCGCUCAAUACAGCGUGACAGGCUCCGCUGUUGCGAGAGCGGUCUGCAAAGCCACCACUCAUGAAGUGAUGGGCCCCAAGAAAAAGCACCUGGACUAUUUGAUCCAGGCUACCAAUGAGACCAAUGUUAAUAUUCCUCAGAUGGCCGACACACUCUUUGAGCGGGCAACAAACAGUAGCUGGGUGGUUGUAUUUAAAGCUUUAGUCACAACACAUCAUCUCAUGGUGCAUGGAAAUGAGAGAUUUAUUCAGUACUUGGCCUCUAGAAAUACACUAUUCAAUCUCAGCAAUUUUUUGGACAAAAGUGGAUCCCAUGGUUAUGAUAUGUCUACCUUCAUAAGGCGCUAUAGUAGAUAUUUGAAUGAAAAGGCUUUCUCUUACAGACAGAUGGCAUUUGAUUUUGCCAGAGUGAAGAAGGGGGCCGAUGGUGUAAUGAGGACAAUGGCUCCUGAAAAGCUACUAAAGAGUAUGCCAAUACUGCAGGGACAAAUUGAUGCGCUGCUUGAAUUUGAUGUGCAUCCAAAUGAGCUAACAAAUGGUGUCAUAAAUGCUGCAUUUAUGCUUCUUUUCAAAGAUCUUAUUAAACUUUUUGCUUGCUACAAUGAUGGCGUUAUUAACUUACUUGAAAAGUUUUUUGAAAUGAAGAAAGGACAAUGUAAAGAUGCCCUAGAAAUUUACAAACGAUUUCUAACUAGAAUGACGCGAGUAUCUGAAUUUCUCAAGGUUGCAGAGCAAGUUGGCAUUGAUAAAGGUGACAUUCCUGACCUCACACAGGCUCCCAGCAGUCUUAUGGAGACCCUUGAACAGCAUCUAAAUACAUUAGAAGGAAAGAAACCCGGAAACAAUGAAGGAUCUGGUGCUCCCUCUCCAUUAAGUAAGUCUUCUCCAGCCACAACCGUUACGUCUCCCAAUUCUACACCAGCUAAAACGAUCGACACAUCCCCACCAGUUGAUUUAUUUGCAACUGCAUCUGCGGCUGUCCCCGUCAGCACUUCUAAACCAUCUAGUGAUCUUCUGGACCUCCAGCCAGACUUUUCUUCCGGAGGGGCAGCAGCAGCCACGGCACCAGCACCAGCACCACCUUCCGGAGGAGCCACUGCGUGGGGAGACCUUUUGGGAGAGGAUUCUCUGGCUGCAAUUUCCUCUGUUCCCUCUGAAGCACAAAUUUCAGACCCAUUUGCACCAGAGCCUGCCCCUCCUACCACAACCGCUGAAAUUGCAACUGCUUCAGCCUCUGCCUCAACUACUACAACUGUCACCGCUGUCACUGCUGAUGUGGACCUCUUUGGAGAUGCCUUUGCAGCUUCUCCUGGGGAGGCCCCUGCAGCAUCCGAAGGGGCCGCCGCACCAGCUACCCCAACCCCGGUAGCGGCAGCGCUCGAUGCAUGUUCAGGAAAUGACCCCUUUGCCCCGUCCGAAGGUAGCGCAGAGGCUGCGCCCGAGCUGGACCUCUUUGCAAUGAAGCCACCUGAGACCAGUGUUCCUGUAGUUACCCCUACAGCUAGCACAGCCCCUCCGGUUCCCGCCACUGCUCCUUCUCCUGCUCCCGCUGUCGCAGCUGCCGCUGCCGCCACUACCGCCUCCGCCACCGCCGCCGCCUCCGCCGCCACCACCUCCGCCGCCACCACCGCCGCUCCUCCUGCUCUAGAUAUCUUUGGUGAUUUGUUUGAGUCUCCUCCUGAAGUCGCUGCAGCGCCUAAGCCAGAUGCUGCUCCUAGCAUAGACCUGUUUGGUACAGAUGCUUUCUCCUCUCCACCACAAGGGGCCUCUCCUGUGCCUGAGAGUUCUCUCACUGCUGACCUCUUAUCCGUGGAUGCAUUUGCAGCACCGUCUCCUGCAACCACUGCCUCUCCAGCAAAGGUGGACUCUUCGGGCGUGAUAGACCUUUUUGGGGAUGCAUUUGGAAGUAGUGCUUCUGAACCCCAACCUGCACCUCAGGCUGCUUCUAGUUCAUCAGCAUCGGCAGACCUACUAGCUGGAUUUGGGGGUUCUUUUAUGGCCCCUUCUCCAUCACCGAUGACUCCAGCUCAGAAUAACCUGCUGCAGCCCAAUUUCGAAGCAGCUUUUGGAACAACGCCUUCAACUUCUAGCAGCAGCUCCUUUGAUCCAUCAGUGUUUGAUGGUCUAGGUGAUCUACUGAUGCCAACCAUGGCACCAGCCGGGCAGCCUGCACCCAUCUCAAUGGUACCCCCCAGUCCAGCCAUGGCAGCAAGCAAAGCCCUUGGGAGUGACCUUGAUUCAUCUCUUGCCAGCUUAGUAGGCAAUCUUGGAAUUUCUGGUACCACAUCGAAAAAGGGCGACCUUCAGUGGAAUGCUGGAGAGAAAAAGUUGACGGGUGGAGCCAACUGGCAGCCCAAAGUCGCCCCUGCAACCUGGUCAGCAGGUGUUCCACCAAGUGCACCUUUGAGGACCUCUGAGUGUGUGCUGGGGCAGGUCUUCAGAGUCAACCAGGCAGUUUGCAACCCUGCCUUAGCAAUCACUUACAGCUUGUGCAAAGCCUCAGGGUCAGCUGGGGGCCCUCUCCUGUCUUCCCUGACCCUGCACACAGCCCUGGGCGUGUGCAUGGUCUUCCAAAUUCCCAGGAGAAACCUGAAGGGAGUAGGUGGUGUCCGCUACAUGCUUAAGAGGAACCUUCUGCCUGAUGGGGGGUUUGCUGUGCCUCCAGCUGGGACUGGCAUGCCCAUGAUGCCUCAGCAGCCAGUGAUGUUUGCACAGCCCAUGAUGAGGCCACCCUUUGGAGCUGCAGCUGUACCUGGCACACAGCUUUCUCCAAGCCCUACACCUGCCACUCAGAGUCCCAAGAAACCUCCAGCAAAGGACCCAUUAGCGGAUCUUAACAUCAAGGAUUUCUUGUAA